GGGCCAGCCGUGCGGAUGGACCGUCUCUCCCACUCCGAUGCUUGUUUUGUGUCUUGAGGGAGGGGUUUUGUUUUUAUUUUUUUUUACAUUCCCCCGCGACCGGCCGCCGUCUUCCCAGCUAGCCUGCUCUCGUGCGUGUCGACGGAGCGAUGGCGGACCGCGGCGUGGAUCUGUCCGCCCUGCCGAAGGAGGUUCGAGACCAGUUGGCGGAGUUGGAUCUGGAGCUGUCUGAAGGUGACAUCACGCAGAAGGGCUAUGAGAAGAAGAGAGCCAAGCUGCUGGCCUCCUACAUCCCCCAUUUGCCAAAUGCAGACGUGUCUCUCCCGGAUGUGCAGCUCUCCCCGAGUCACAGCGCCGACCCCAGCCCGAGCCCUGAGGCCCCGGGCCCCUCCACCUCAACCGCCACCAAACACCACCGCGCACACCGCAGUGGAGGGGCCAGGGAUGAGCGCUACAGAUCAGACAUCCACACAGAAGCGGUGCAGGCGGCACUGGCCAAACACAAAGAAGAGAAGAUGGCCCUGCCGAUGCCAACAAAGAGACGCUCAGCCUUUGUCCAGUCUCCCAUAGACGCCUGCACGCCCCCAGACACUUCUUCUGCAUCAGAGGAUGAAGGCUCGCUGCGCAGAAAAGCAGCUCUCAGUGCAGUACUCGCCCAGACUCUGCAAAGCCCCGAUUAUUGGAUUAACCGCUCCGUCCAAAGUUCUUCCACGUCCUCGUCUGCUUCCUCCACCCUCUCCCAUGGAGAGCCCAAGACCCAGCCACAGCCCCAGCUGCAGCCCGCCGCUUCCUUGCUCGCCGACGUCCUGGCGCACACACGCAUAGAAAACAGCGUGCCGCCUGACGUGACCAGCUCCACUCCUCAGGAGAGGGGGUCCCGGGUGGACCUGCCCCCCGCCGUCAGGGGCAUGAGUCGUGGACAGAGCCGCUCCAGCAUGCUGGACACAGCCGACGGAAAAAGAAAAGGCGUGCCUGUCAGCAGCAGAGUGUCCACCAAGAUCCAGCAGCUGUUGAACACACUCAAGCGCCCCAAGCGGCCGCCGCUCAGCGAAUUCUUCCUCGACGACUCCGAAGAGAUUGUAGAAGUGCCCCAGCCAGACCCCAACACCCCGAAGCCCGAGGGACGACAGAUCAUCCCGGUGAAGGGGGAGCCGCUGGGGGUGGUCAGUAACUGGCCCCCCGCCCUGCAGGCCGCCCUCGCCCGCUGGGGGGCCACGCAGGCCAAGAGCCCCGCCCUCACCGCCCUGGACAUCACCGGAAAACCUCUCUACACCCUCACAUAUGGGAAACUGUGGAGCCGCAGUCUGAAGCUGGCAUACACUCUUCUAAAUAAACUGGGCACAAAGACCGAGCCCGUCCUGCAACCCGGAGAUCGGGUGGCGUUGGUGUAUCCGAACAGCGACCCCGGCAUGUUCUGGGUGGCGUUCUACGGCUGCCUGUUGGCUGAGGUCAUCCCCGUGCCCAUCGAGGUGCCUCUGUCUCGACAGGACGCGGGCAGCCAGCAGAUCGGCUUCCUGCUGGGCAGCUGCGGCGUGAGUUUGGCUCUGACCAGUGAGGUGUGCCUCAAAGGGCUGCCCAAGACUCCAAAUGGGGAAAUCAUCCAGUUCAAAGGAUGGCCCAGGAUGAAAUGGGUUGUGACGGACACAAAGUACCUGACCAAGCCUUCCAAAGACUGGCAGCCUCACAUCCCCACUGCUAACACAGAAACUGCCUACAUCGAGUACAAAGCCAGUAAGGAGGGAACAGUGAUGGGAGUCGCCGUGUCAAAGAUCUCCAUGCUGACACACUGUCAAGCCCUGACUCAGGCCUGCAACUACUGUGAAGGGGAGACUCUGGUCAAUGUGCUGGACUGUAAGAAGGACAUGGGUUUGUGGCACGGCGUCUUAACGAGUGUCAUGAACAGAAUUCACACCAUCACUGUGCCGUACGCUGUCAUGAAAGCCUGUCCCAUGUCCUGGGUGCAGAGGGUCCACAUUCACAAAGCUCGUGUGGCCUUGGUGAAGUGCCGUGACCUUCACUGGGCCAUGAUGGCCCACAAAGAGCAGAAGGACACCAACCUGUCUUCUAUACGUAUGCUGAUCGUGGCUGACGGAGCCAACCCAUGGUCCGUGUCGUCCUGCGAUGCCUUCCUGAAUGUGUUCCAGUCUCAGGGUCUUAAACCGGAGGUCAUCUGUCCAUGUGCCACCUCGCCUGAGGCCCUGACUGUGGCCAUACGCAGGCCUGGUGCUCGAGGAGCUCCACUACCAGCCAGGGCCAUCCUGUCCAUGGGGGGGCUGAGCCACGGGGUGAUCCGCGUCAACACCGAGGACAAGAACUCGGCGCUCACGGUGCAGGAUGUGGGCCACAUCAUGCCCGGAGCCCUGAUGUGCAUCGUGAAGCCCGACGGCCCGCCUCAGCUCUGCAAGACGGACGAGAUCGGAGAGAUCGUGAUCAACUCCCGGGCCGGUGGCACCAUGUACUACGGCCUGCCUGGAGUAACCAAGAACACGUUCGAGGUGAUUCCUGUCAACCAAGCCGGAGCGCCGAUCGGAGAAAUUCCCUUCACUCGGACGGGCCUGCUUGGAUUUGUUGGACCGGGCAGUCUGGUGUUUGUGGUGGGGAAGAUCGAGGGGCUCCUGAUGGUGAGCGGGCGACGCCACAACGCCGACGACUUGGUGGCCACGGCUCUGGCGGUAGAGCCUGUCAAAACAGUUUACAGAGGGAGGAUCGCGGUCUUCUCAGUGACGGUGUUCUACGACGAGCGGAUCGUGAUUGUUGCAGAGCAGAGGCCCGACGCCAGUGAGGAGGACAGCUUCCAGUGGAUGAGUCGAGUGCUGCAGGCCAUUGACAGCAUCCACCAGGUGGGCCUGUACUGCCUCGCGCUCGUCCCGGCCAACACCCUCCCAAAGACGCCGCUCGGGGGAAUCCACAUCUGUGAAACCAAGCAGAACUUCCUGGAGGGGAACCUGCACCCCUGCAACAUCCUCAUGUGUCCGCACACCUGCGUCACAAACAUGCCCAAACCCCGGCAGAAGCAGCCAGUGGAUGUCGGUCCAGCCUCUAUGCUGGUGGGAAACCUGGUGGCGGGGAAGCGGAUCGCUCAGGCCACAGGCAGGGAGCUGGGCGUGGUGGAGGACCAGGAUCUCAUCCGAAAGCUCUGUAUGUGGCCCACCAUGAUGCACCAGUUCUUGUCUGAAGCUCUGCAGUGGCGAGCCCAGACGGAUCCCGAUCAUGUACUGUAUGUGCUGCUCAAUGCAAAGGGGGUAGCAGUGUGCACAGCCACUUGUGCUCAGCUCCACAAGAGAGCAGAGAAAAUCACAGCCACUCUGAUGGAGAGAGGAGGCCUGAACACCGGAGACAACGUGGUGCUGCUUUAUCCCCCGGGUAUCGACCUCAUAGCUGCCUUCUACGGGUGCCUCUAUGCAGGGGUCAUCCCCGUGACCGUGAGGCCGCCGCACCCACAGAACCUGGCCGCCACGCUGCCCACCGUCCGCAUGAUCAUCGACGUGAGCAAGGCAGCCUGCAUCCUCACCACGCAGCCCCUGAUGAGGAUCCUCAGGUCCAGAGAGGCCGCCGCCAGCGUCAACGUCAAGACGUGGCCCACCAUCAUCGACACAGAUGAUCUUCCCAGGAAACGACCUCCACACAUCUACAAGCCGCCCACGGCCGAGAUGCUGGCCUACCUGGACUUCAGCGUGUCCACCACCGGCAUGCUGACUGGAGUCAAGAUGUCUCACGCCGCCGUCAGCACGCUGUGUCGCUCCAUCAAGCUGCAGUGUGAACUCUACUCCUCUCGACAAAUAGCCAUCUGCCUGGACCCGUACUGCGGCCUGGGCUUCGUCCUGUGGUGCCUCUCCAGCGUUUACUCAGGUCACCAGUCCAUCCUCAUCCCGCCGCUGGAGCUGGAGAGCUCGCUGCCGCUGUGGCUGAGCACGCUCAGUCAGUACAAGAUCAGAGACACCUUCUGCUCCUACUCCGUCAUGGAGCUGUGCACCAAAGGCCUGGGCACGCAGACGGAGAUGCUGAAGGCACGCGGUCUGAACCUGUCGUGCGUGCGGAGCUGCGUGGUGAUCGCCGAGGAGCGGCCCCGCCUGGCGCUCACCCAGUCCUUCUCCAAACUCUUCAAAGACCUGGGCCUGUCAUCGCGCGCCGUCAGCACCGCCUUCGGCUCCCGGGUCAACCUGGCCAUCGGCAUGCAGGGCACGUCCGGACCCGACCCCUCCACCGUCUACGUUGACAUGAAGUCGCUGCGUCAUGACAGGGUGAGGCUGGUGGAGCGAGGAGCGCCACAGAGCCUCCCACUCAUGGAGUCCGGCACUAUCCUACCGGGAGUGAGAGUGAUCAUCGUGAACCCGGAGACCAGAGGCCCUCUGGGAGAUUCACACCUGGGGGAGAUCUGGGUGAACAGUCCGCACAGCGCCAGCGGCUACUACACCAUCUACGGCGAGGAGAGCCUGCAGGCGGAUCAUUUCAACACCAGGCUGAGCUUCGGGGAGCCGCAGACUCUGUGGGCCCGGACCGGGUACCUGGGCUUCAUCAAGAGGACCGAGCUGCUGGACGCAAGCGGAGAUCGCCAUGAUGCCUUGUUUGUGGUGGGCUCCCUGGACGAGACGCUGGAGCUGAGGGGGCUGCGGUACCACCCCAUCGACAUCGAGACGUCGGUGUCCCGGGCGCACCGCAGCAUCGCCGAGAGCGCCGUGUUCACCUGGACCAACCUGCUGGUGGUGGUGGCGGAGCUGAGCGGCUCGGAGCAGGAGGCCCUGGACCUGGUGCCGCUCGUCACCAACGUGGUGCUGGAGGAGCACCACCUGAUCGUGGGGGUGGUGGUCAUCGUGGACCCCGGCGUCAUCCCCAUCAACUCCCGGGGCGAGAAGCAGCGCAUGCACCUGCGGGACUCCUUCCUGGCCGACCAGCUGGACCCCAUCUACGUGGCCUACAACAUGUGAACGCCCUCCUCCAAGCUGAGCCGGGGGAGGAGGACUCCGGGGGGGGGUGGUGUACAGUAGCAGCCUCCAUCCGACGCCGCACACACAUUCACAUUGGAGAACUGUGUGGGUGUGUGAGGGUGGGGUGUGUGUGUGUGUAAGACAAGGCACGGUCCGUCUUCGCUCGCCUGGUGCAGAUCCACGCCGUGGGGGUGGGGGUUGGGGGGAGGGUCUUCAGAUCUCCAUCCUCUCUGCAUCCCACCUUUUUUUUUUUUUUUUUUUUUUUUAAGGAGAAUCCUUCCCUCAUUCCAUUUCUUCUUUUUUUUUUUUUUUUAAACAAAUCCUGAAUCAAUGAGUGCAUAUCUGUUUUUUUUAAAGCCUGCAUUGAUUCCUGAAGACGGGAUGCCGCUCUGUAACCCCUCCCUCGCACUUUACAUUGACUUCUUGUCUCACCUGCCUCAAAGGGACCCCACCCCUCCUCCACCCUACCCCCACCCCCACCCCCACCCCACCCUCCCGUCUGCUGCUGUCACCACAGCCAAUCCGCAUCAGUAUUAGAAGUGCCAGCAGCAGCCUGCGGCGGUCCGGAAACGCUGCAGCCUCCUCCCAGGCUCACCCGCCAUCUCACACACACACACACACACACACACACACACACACACACACACACACACACACACAGAAAAGAUGAGCUUCGUAAGCCUGAAACAAACCCUUCAUCGUCGGUGUGAGUAGGAGCCCAGUUAGAUGACCUAGGUGAGUUUGUAUGAUUGUGAUAGUACUAAUUCUUUUUUUUUCUUUUUUUUCUUAAAAGCACAGACUUUGCGACACGGUUUGAAGCUGUACCUGCACGCCAGCCGGGAAUGCAAUCAGCAUCUGUGUGCAGCCUUAUAAAAAAACAAACAAAAAAAAAAAAAAAGGAUACAUCUAAAGGAUCUGUCCGUGGAGAACAGGGACAGCAGAGCUCAUCACGUGUUGUGUUACAUUCAGACGCUUCCAGAGGAUCGUUAAAGAACACCUGCUGCAUUUCUGAAGGAGCGAGCGGCGUGGCCUGUCUGGUUUUUUUUCCAUAAAGCAUUUUUAUUUAGCGUUAGAAUUCAAAAAUGUUGAAGAGAAACAUUGUUAUACGUUGACUUUAUGGACGUAGACGUGCGACUGGAGGAAACUCCUUCAGAACAGCAGUGUGUUGCGUUUAAUGACUCCCUGGACGUCCACAUGCUUCGCCGUGCUUCUGGGAUGUAAUACAGUACACGUAGGCACAAUCUGAGGUUUGACAGACAUCGUGGCGAUGGCUCAUCUUUGGCUGACGUAAAGCAGCGUUUUACACAAAAACAAACACACAAAAAAAAAAAUGUUGAAGCUUUUAAAGAAAACCUGAGACGUGCUCGGACCUGCUGCUGCUUUGAGCCUGUAAAUGAGCUCAGAAGAGGAUCAUGUUAGGUGUUUUUUUUUUUAAAUGUCAUGAAAGGAGGCUCUGACGUGAGCUACUGGCUGAAAACUUCUGAAAUCUCUUUCAUUCAUCACUGUCCACUCGAUAAACCAUCAGAAGGCAGCUCAGUGCCUUUCAACACAACACCAUCAUGGACUAUUGGAUUCCCAAAGAGGAAAAAAAAAACAAACAAAAAACCCAACAGUAUCGAGUAUGAGGAGAGAACUUUGCCUUAUUAAGCCUGUGGAUCUUGUGUGUUUUUACUUUGUGGUUAGAGAACAAGUUGACUGGCUUCCUGUGGGGAAUCAGUCUAAAGUCAUAUCUGGUAUUUUAGAGGAAGGGUAGACUCUUUAGUUUUCUGAUUUCAGACGUUAUUAAUUCAUUUUAUCCUGUAAAGCUGAAAAAAAGGUGAAUUAGGAACAAUUCUUUAAAAAAAAAAUAAAAAAAAGAGGCAGAAUCCUCCUUUAACAGAAAAGUGAGUGAGGGUGAAGGUGUGUGUAAAAUGUAUCCUAGAGGUCAAAUACUGUAUCACUGGUGUUAAUGUGUACAUGGAAUCGAAUUCUGUAGAUAAAGACGAAAAACUUGACUGAUCUUUUUCAUACUUGACAGCAUUUUUCAGCAUUAAUUUAAAAGCAUCACAAAA